AUGGAGGCAUCCCGCGAGAAGGCCCAAACCGGCCCACCAGGCGUACGCGUAGUCGCCCUUCCCACCGCAGCCCAACCGUCAACAAGUGUACACCCCAUUCACUCUGCCGUCUUCGUCCAUCAGACUGCGCGCGUCUACAACUCAUUCCGACUUCUCCGAGGUUUAUCUUCAGUCUUGCGCACAUCAAACAGGAACGUCGUACCACCUUUUGGGCUGGGUUCCAAUUCACCGAACUCGACAAUAUUCGCUCAUCUGUUGCCGCAGUCUCCCAAGCGUCUUGACUCGGUUUCCUCUUCGGGCUCCUGCUGCGACUCGACCCC